GAGCACAGGUUUUACAUAUUAGUCAUGAAAUCAUUGGAAUUCUGCAGCUGUUAGUUGAAGACCCGGCAGCAUGCUCAGGCUACAAAGCUUUCCGGGCCAGCAAUUGAGCUUCUGACUCCGGAGCCUUAUCUGAUUUCGGCUUGGUUCAUCUUUAUUUUGUUCAGUAGCCUCGGUAGGCUGAACGCAGGGGACUCACCUUUCUUUGCAGAGCUUAACCAAGCAGGAAUUCUGGCAACUAAUCCAGCAGAACUAUGGCACUGAGCUGGGCUUAAAUGCUGAAGAAAUGGAAACCUUAUCACUGUCUAUUGAAGAUAAUGUGCAGCCAAGGAGCCCUGGAAGAAGCAGCUUGGAUGACCCCGGGGAGAGAGACGAAAAAUUAUCCAAGUCAAUCAGCUUCACCCGUGACUCAGUGGGUCGGAUUUCCGAAACAGAGUCCGUCGGUGGAAAUGCACCCAAAGGGGGGUCAGGAAAGGAGGAGCCCCAGCGUGAGCAGCAGAUCAAGAGGAGCCCUCCCCUCACUUCAGAAGAGAGGCUCAGCAGAGAGCCGCCGAAAUCGCUGGCCCUCCACCCAAAUGAGUAUCUUUCCCUGGACAAAAGCAGCAGUUCAGAUUCUGUCGAUGAAGAAAAUGUUCCUGAGCGAGAUCUCCAUGGCAGGCUUUAUAUCAACCGUGUUUUUCAUAUCAGUGCUGAGAGGAUGUUUGAAUUGCUCUUCACCAGUUCCCGCUUUAUGCAGAGGUUUACCAAUUCUAGAAAUAUAUUAGAUGUGGCAUCUACCCCCUGGGAUGGGGAAGCUGGAGGGGACCAGCUGAGAACCAUGACCUACACAAUAGUCCUUAAUAGCCCGCUCACUGGGAAAUGCACCGCUGCUACGGAAAAGCAGACACUGUAUAAAGAAAGUCGGGAAGCAGAGUUUUAUUUGAUAGAUUCGGAAGUCCUGACCCAUGAUGUCCCAUACCAUGAUUACUUCUACACCUUGAACAGAUACUGCAUCCUCCGGUCUUCCAAGCAGAGAUGCAGGCUCAGAGUCUCCACAGACGUGCGGUACCGGAAGCAACCCUGGGGCCUUGUCAAAUCUUUAAUCGAGAAGAACUCCUGGAGUUCCCUGGAGAAUUAUUUUAAACAACUGGAGACAGACUUGUUAAUGGAAGAAUCGGUGGUAAACCAAUCCAUUGAAGACCCUGGAAAACUCAGCGGCCUACGAAAGAGAAGGAGACCUUUCAGCCGACCGGCAGAAAUAGUCCCUAAACUUUCUUCUCAGCGCUCCUCGGGAGAGGCGGGCUUAGCUGUCAAAGGGAAUCAUGUUACAGAAAAGAAAAAAGGAAUGGAAAGCUAUAACAUGGCUCUCGUUGUGAUGAGUGUUUUCUUGCUGCUGCUGGCUUUGUUGAACGUGGCACUGUUUGUGAAGCUGUCCAAGAUAGAAUAUGCUGCCCAGUCCUUGUACCGCCUCCACCUCCCAGAAGACAAGUCUCGAAAUUUGGCCUCCGCUAUGGCGUCGAGAGCAGAAAAUCCGCAAAGGAGCAAAGAUCAGGCUGGUCGUCUAAAGGGCGUGCUCCGAGAAUCCAUCGUGAUGCUGGAACAGUUGAAGAGCUCACUUGUUAUGCUUCAGAAAACCUUUGAUCUCCUAAAUAAGAACAAGACUGGCAUGGCUGUCAAGAGCUAGCGAUCUGCGGACUCAUACCACGGAGAGACCCUGCAUCUCUAAGGAAACCUCUGGGAGAAGACCAAACAAUGAAGGAUUUUAAUUGUCAUAGGGACAUUUCCAUGCUUUUUCAUUAUUGGCAUUUCUUUUAUUAACGUUCUUCAAUAACAUUUAUUUGAUCAUUAGCCCUACCUGGCCUUAAGAAACAUGUACUUUCACUUCUUAUUCAUCCCUCUAAGCUGUGAAUGGCCUCAGUGAAGGAGCCCUACAGCCGGGUUGAAUUUCUGCGAUAUGAGAAGAAAAUAAGGCACCUGCGUUGGUAAACCCUCAUUUCGGCUUGAGGUUUGAAGGUUUGCUGCUUUGUUUUCAGUUAGUGCAGAGUCCGUCGAGUACUGGCCCACAGACUGCUCUGACAAUUGAGACCUGUUCCAAGAGGCUGCAGAGGCCAGGCCAUGUAAGAAGAAACCUCUAGGUAUAAGAAGGAAACCUUCCAAAACCUAAUUUUGGAGGAUCGUGAAAAUUCAGUAGUGAAACCUUGGGAGUUCACCCGCUGGUGUAUGAGGUUUCGUGCCACGGAUUCGUUGGCAGUGAGAGUGCAUCCUAAAGGUAGCGGAAGGAUUCUUCACAGACUUUAUGGAAGAGGCGGUUGCUUUUUCUUAAGGUCACCAGGAGAGGUGAGGUUAUCUUGCUUCUUAAUACAUCAUUAGCAGAAGAGCCAAUUUAGGAAAAGGGGUAUAUGUAGGAUAUUAACCCUCAAGAUGAAGAGUCACGCUCAGUACUUUAGGAAGAUUAGAGGAUUGUUAAAAUCUGGGCUCUUAGGUACAAAAUAAUGGAUACUUGAACUAAACUUGGCUUGAGCUUUGCCGUUGGUGAAAGUGAGACAUGUGGGUUGAUAAUUAUUACUUUUCAGUAGCCAAACCUGGCUUCAUUUGGUGUGUGUGUAUGUGUAUGUGUAGCUCAGUUGAGGAAACAGACACAAGCUUUAGCUCUUCAAUAAGACUUUUGUAGUAGGUUUGUUCCAAUCCAAAUGCACUGACUCUGAAGUCGUAAGGCAGGCGUGAGCCUUGGCUCUUUCGUAAAAUGUUCUAAGUCCUAGGCCUCAGUAGAAGGGUCCCUGAACAGAAGGCCUUUGUGAACUGUCUUGCAAUCAGACUUCUUUUCCGGGUGUUUUCAUUCAGGAAGUGUCCUCUGGAACAUGAGGAAGGUGGUGUGGAAUAAUCAGUGAAAUGCUUGCCUUUAGCAAAGCGUUCCCUAAUUUCCCAGAGUCCCCAAAGCCACGUGGGCUUGCUGCGGUUCUCUGAGAUAUUGGUCAAGGGUGAAGGCUUGACUGGGUGAGAGGGAUGGAGUUUCCCUGAGGGAAGCUCACUGCACGUUCUUUUAUGCCGAUUUUAAAAGUGGCUGGCCGUGAGAGCCACAGAGACUGGGCUGUGAACUUGAAGCCUUGUUUUCUGUUAAGUUCACACAAACGACCACCGAUGAACUAUUUUUGUGAUGCUUCCUUGAGACGAGACAAUACUUCAUAAAUACCUCAAAGAAAAGGACCAAAGUAAGUUACUUCAUAAGAUUAAAUGUGCGUGCAGAAUUCAGCAAAAAUUUCAACCCGUUGUGCAAACUGUCAAUAAAAAUUUUUUUAAUGCCC